AUAGAUGCAUGUGCAUGACUUUUACGCUUCCUUUUUUUUCUUUUUCACAAAAUAUUAAAGAAAGAUUCACAUCAUAAGAAAAUUCUUAAUUCGGUAUUUUUUUCUUGAUAUUAAAAGGUGAUGCUAUGCGACGUUUUGAACCGACAGUCAAUGUAAAUAAUGCAAAUGGUUAUAAACGCCUUAGCGUUGGCCUGGAUGAAUCCGAUUUCGAAUGUAAUCCCACUCAUCGUCACGAUGAUUCAUUCAAUGAAACAACUUAUUACACUGAUGUUGGACCGGAAUUUGCGGGUCCAGUUGAACAAUUAUUUAAAAUUUUACUUGAAUAUGCCGGUGUUCAACUGUCAGUAACAUCAUCGAUUGAGCCGUUAUUUUAA